GCUACCUUCUUGGUCUGUGGUUCGAGGCAGGAUAAAGUGUCAGAGCGACCUCACAAAUACCCACACAGUGAAAAAUUUCUUGUAUCUCUCUCAUAUUCCAGAUUACGAAUAGACUUUCCGUCAUUUUUUUCUGCGCAAGCAACCUGGUUUGUUGUAAAGCGUAAUCUUAUCCUUCCUCCCAGACUCAUUUCUCGAAUUUCCAGCUACGAAGCAAGACACCCACGCCUCCAUUUCAGUCAUGAGCGCCAAAAUCCCCACCAAGAAGCUUCCCAGUGGAGCUGAAAUCCCGGUCGUCGGAUUGGGAGUGUACCAGUCGGAGCCUGGCCCCGAGACUUACAACGCUGUGCUUUCGGCGCUCAGGUUGGGCUACCGUCACAUCGACACUGCCCAGUACUACGAUAACGAGGCUGACGUAGGUCGUGCCAUCAAGGACUCUGGCAUUCCACAAGAGGAAAUUUUCGUGACAAGCAAGCUUUCGAUUUUCAACUGGGGGUACGAGAAGGCAAUCGCGACGACGAAAGCUAGCAAUGAGAAGCUCGGACUCGGAUACAUUGAUCUAUACCUGCUUCAUGCUCCAGGUGACGCUGCUACACGCAAUGAAAGUUGGCGUGCGCUUGAAGAACUGCAUGAACAGGGGAUUCUGAAGGAUAUCGGUGUGUCCAACUUUGGUGAAGCUCAUCUCGAGAAGUUGUUGAACACUGUCAAGGUGAAACCCGCGGUGAACCAGGUGGAACUGCACCCGUGGCUUAUGCGUCCGACGCUGGUGAGGUAUUGCCAGGAGCACGACAUUCUGCUUGAGGCGUACUCGCCGUUAACAAGGGCUCAGAAAAUGGAGAAUCCCACACUUGUUGAGAUCUCGAAGGAGGCGGGUGCUACUCCUGCUCAAGUCCUUGUCGCCUUCAGCUUGGCCAAUGGGUUUAUCACUCUGCCCAAAUCCGUUCACGAGGAGCGUCAGAAAUCCAACCUCGAAGCUGCUGCGAUCAAGCUGACGGAUGCUCAGUUUGCCAAGCUUGCGGCGUUGGAUGAGUACCUAGUUACCUGCUGGGAUCCGAUCAAGGAUCACGCCGUGUAAGCAGGUUAUGCUGAAGUGGACAUUUCGAUGGCGUUUGCAUGGUAAUAACGCGGUUGGCAUCGAAUGCCCUGCUGAGCACAGAAACUAUAGAAGAUUUCUUCAACCU